GGCUCCACCCCUGCAGCCCCGAACCGCAGCGCGCGGGGGAACCCAGAUUCCCCCGCAAGGAAGUUUCCCGCCCGGCGGAGCCGGCUCAACAGGAACCACCGUGCGUUGACACCAUGGAUAAUUAUGAUGUGAUUAAGGUCAUUGGGGAAGGUGCCUUCGGGAAAGCAUUCUUGGCUAACGGGAAAUCAGAUGGCAAGUACCGUGUUAUUAAAGAGGUCGAUUUUGCGAAGAUGCCCAACCAAGAAAAAGAAGCUUCAAAGAAAGAAGUAAUUCUUCUGGCCCGAAUGAAGCAUCCCAACAUUGUAACCUUCUUCAGUUCGUUUCAAGAGAACAACAGGUUGUUCAUUGUGAUGGAGUACUGUGACGGAGGGGAUCUCAUGAGAAGGAUCCGUAGACAACGGGGAGUGUUAUUUAGUGAAGAUCAGAUUCUGAGUUGGUUUGUACAGAUUUCUCUAGGACUAAAAUAUAUUCAUGACAGGAAGAUCUUACAUAGAGACAUAAAAGCUCAGAACAUUUUUCUUAGCAAGAGUGGAAUGGUUGCAAAACUUGGGGACUUUGGUAUAGCAAGAGUUCUGAACAAUUCCAUGGAACUCGCUAGAACUUGUGUUGGAACACCAUACUACCUAUCCCCAGAGAUCUGUCAGAAUAAACCCUACAACAAUAAAACGGAUAUUUGGUCUCUUGGCUGUGUCUUAUAUGAGCUUUGCGCACUCAAACAUCCUUUUGAGGGUCACAACUUACACCAGUUGGUUCUGAAGAUUUGUCAAGCGCAUUUUGCCCCGAUACCCACAACGUUCUCCUGUGACCUGCAAGCCUUGAUAUCUCAACUCUUUGAAGUAUCUCCCCGAGAUCGGCCGUCUAUUAAUUCCAUUUUGAAAAGGCCCUUUUUAGAGAAGCUUAUUGCCAAAUACUUGACUCCCGAGGUCAUUCGGGAGGACUUUAGUCAUAGCCUCACACAUAAAGCAAGACAGUUGGCUUCUCAGCCUGCAGGGAAGGGGGUCCAAGAUUCUGUGAUACAGAAUGCGAGAUUCCAGGGAAAGUGUCUACCAAGAUCAAGGCUAUCAGAGCCAUUUAAAAGGAAAGAGAUAUUGUAUAGAAAUGAAAAGAGACCCCCAGCUGGAGCUCAGAAGCCUGUAUCUAUAAAAAUGGUAGAAAGGCCCAAAUUUGCUGCAAUGCGUGGACAUUAUGACUAUUAUUAUGCCCAACUUGAUGUGUUGAGGAAGAGAGUGCAUGAACCAAUUUACCACUGUGUUCCUCAAAAAGAUUCUGGAGUUGAGAAGAAUUAUAAUCAGGAAGAAAGCCAUAGUCCAUCACCAAGUCAAUGGUCUGCGGAAUACCUUCAGAGGAGAUGUGAAGCCCAACAAUAUAAGCUGAAAGUGGAAAAGCAGUUGGGUCUCCGUCCAUCUUCUCCUGAACCAAAUCACCACUGGAGACAAAAGCGAAAAAAUGAUGGAGAAGAGCCUCGAUUCCAGGAGCUGCAGAUCAGGAGAAACAAAGUGAUGGAACAGGAAUAUUGGAAGCAGUUAGAGGAAAUACGGCAACAGUACCACAAUGACAUGAAGGAAAUUAGAAAGAAGAUGGGGAGUGAACUGGAGGAGGACUCAAAAAUAAGUCAUAAAACCUAUUUAGUGAAGAAAAGCAACCUGCCCAUCCACCAAGAGGCACCUGAGGAAGAAACUCAUAUGCAGGACAUUGAAAGAGACUUGAAACAAAUGAGAGUUCAGAGCAUAAAGGAAAGUAAAAUUCUAGAACAAAACUGUAAAGCUAAGAGAGGCGUGAAGUUUGAAAUUAGUUUAAACCAAUGUAUUUCCGAUGAAAACACCCUCCAAGAGGAAGAGGCAAUGGAUGUGCGCAAUAAAACUGUGACCUUUGAGGAUGGCAUGAAGCUUAAGGAAUAUAAAUGUGUGAAGGAGUAUGAAGAGUAUACAGACAAAGCAUUUGAAGAACUCUGUGGCCCAGAAGCAGGUGGCCAUGGGAUGGUGACCUCAGGCAUUCCAGAAAACAGGAGACGGUGGCGGCAUGAAGCGCCUGGAGCUUUAAUGAAUGCUUGGGCUGCAGCAUGUCUGACAAGUAGCUCGUUUUCUGCCCAUGAAGGUGAAUGGGUGGGAACAUUAGAACAAAGCCUUCCUAAAGAAGAUGAGGGGAGUAUGGAAAUGGCCUCUGGCAUUGAAGUAGACAAGGAACAACCAAGAUCUGAUGAUGAUGAUGAUACAAAUUUUGAAGAAUCUGAAGAUGAGUUGAGAAAUGAAGUAGUAGAAUCUCUGGAAAAGCCUGCUCCUUCCAAAGAGGAAGAAAAAAGAGAAGAGACUCCUGGUUUCUCUAAGGGUGAUGAAAAAUUAGGAGGAGAGAAGAUAAGCACCCAGAAAUAUACAGAAUUAAAUGAAGAUUUAGAGAAUAUUUCUACUCGAGCUGAUGACAAAGUAUGCAUUGCAGGUGAAAACCAAGAAACAUCAACAGCCCAUCAAAAUAUACAAGUGUGAUUACUGCACUUUUUCUUAAGUGGUAAGUUAGUAUCUAUUAACUGUAGUAUCUGGUUAGGUCCAAGUCAUAAACAUUCAUUUUGUAAGAGUUUUCUAGCAAUCCCAGGGAUUUAUUGUUUUUUUUUAAUUGGGCUAUAUUAGUUAGCAUACACUACAUCACUAGUUUUUGAUGUAGUAGUGUUCCAUAAUUCAUUGUUUGCCUAUAAUACCCAAUGCUCCAUGCAAUCCGUGCCCUUGAUACCCAUCACUAGGCUAGACCUUGAGACUGACCAAUUUGAGUGUAGAAAUUAAUAUUUUACUUUAAAAUUUCUAUCAGGAAAUCUUUGGGACAAUAUAUGUGGUAGGCAGACAGAAUAAUGUGUCUCUCUUCCUGCCACCUUCCCUCCCAGUACACCCAACAAUGUGAAUAUAUUGUUACAUGGCAAAGGAGAAUUAAAGUUGCAGGUAAAAUUAAGGCUGCUAAUCAGAUGAUCUUCAAAUAGGGGAAGGCUUUUCUUUCACUAUCCAGGUGGACCCAAUGUAAUCACAGGGCUAGAGGGAGGGAGGCAGAUGAGAGAACAGGAAGAUGUCAGCACGAGAGGGGCUCAGCCUGGUGCUGCUAGCUUUAAAGAUGGAGGAAGGGGCCAGAGGCCAAGGAAUCCAAGCAGGUUCCAGAAGCUGGGAAAGGCCAGGCAAUAGACUUUCCCCGGAAGUCUGCAGAAGGAACACAGUCCUGCUGACAUCUUGAAUUUAGCUUAAGAAAUCCACUUUAGACUGCUGCCCUGCAGAACUGUAAGAUAAUAAAUGCAUGUUGUUUUAACUAAGUUUGAUAAUUUGUUAAGACAAGGAAAGAAAACCAAUACAAUGUACAAAGUAAUUCACUUAGAAUAAUGAAUGUAGCAUUUUAGAAAACUGUGAUACUGAAAUUUCUUAACUUUUAGUGAACACUUUUUUGAAGCAGGUGUUGACUCUUAAGGGAGUAGGUUAACUGAGCAGAGGAGAUGAAGGCAUGUCAUGUUAAUUAUGCACCAAGUAAUCAUUUUACUAUGUUUUAUUGAAUUAAUUUCUAAUAGCUUCAAAUGUAUAGAUUAUAAAUUACUUAAGGGGAGGGACUCUACCUGGUCGUUGUAUCUUAUGCUGGUCUUUUUACAUAUGGGGCUUAGCAGAGUACCACAUUCUAACAAUCCCAGUAUUGAACAUGUGCCUGGGGCUUAAUAGACAUUUGUUGAUUUAUUGUGUUGUUCCUAUGAAGGACAGAGAUGUUACAUUUCUAAGUGGUAGAAUUCUGCCUAAAAUAUAUGCUCUGUAAUAAAAAUACAACUAAAAUUGCACAUUGACCCAUUGCUGAGCCAAGAAAACAAAGAUGAGGAAGGGUUGGUCCGAUUAUUUCUAAGGUCUGCUUAGUGUUUACAUUUGAUAUAACUUUAUUAAAUGUGGGGAAAGUAUCAGAAUUCCCCUAACUGUGGGAUGAAUUCUACAUGAUGUGUCUUAUCCCUGUAUUUUCCUGGUGAUGUUGGAGGUACUGUUCUUUCAACUUGGUAUUUUGGGUUAUAAUCUACUCUUUUCUGGAGUGCUCAGUAUGGUCACAUCAUGAAGCUCAGAAUAUUUAAAAAUUUCUCACCACUGUGUUAAUGUCAAUCUUGGUAACGCAUGACGUCGAGAGACUGGAGUAUCAUUAAUUCUAGAAGUCUUUUAGUGGUCAGUGUAUACAUGUUUAAUUUACUUUCAGAACAUUAUGUGGUUCAGACAUACGAAAUCUGUUGGUGUGCUAACAAAUACUAAGCAGUGCUUGAAUGCAUGGAAAAUGAAACAUGGUUCCUGAAAAUCCCAAAGAUCCAAAGACUCUUCAGUUAUAUGUGGGGCGGGGGGGUGGGUGGGUGGGGAGAAAUGAAUGUUUAAGGUCAAAUGAAUGUUUAAGGUCAAUAUUUAAGAAUAAGCCUAUCGAGUCUGCUCCAAUGACAAGAUGCUUGCUGAAGUUUCUAGCUAAAAGCUGCCAAGCCUUAUCAUUCAUUUUAAGAUUUUGAGUUCUCUGCUAUAAAGUAAGAAGUACUCAUUGUGAUAAGUAUACAUACAUGCAAGGUUUUUCAACCUACUUCAGCCCCUAAUUCAUCUUAUCCAUCUUACGUAUACCAUUACCUAAAUCAUGUUCUUGAGGCACAAUCGAUUACUUUAUUCUUGAUUUACGUUUAGCUCCAUGUGUUAAGUUGAAACUAUUGAUCAGAUUUGAAUGUGUUUUUAGAAUAAAUUUAAGAAUUUUUUAAAAAUUUAUUUGACAGAGAGACAGCCAGAGAGGAAACAUAAGCAGGGGGAGUGGGAGAGGGAGAAGCAGGCCUCCCAUUGAGCAGGGCGCCUGAUGUGGGGCUCGAUCCCAGGACCCUCAGAUCAUGACCUGAGCUGAAGGCAGACGCUUAACGACUGAACUACCCAGGCGCCCCUAGAAUAAAUUUUAUUAAAAAUUAUACAUCUUGGUAACUAUGUAUCAUAGCUAUCAAACUGAUCAUUCUUUAAAUGGUGUAUCAACUCUUAACUUCCUUUCUAAGUACCUUGUAACAUGUAUAGUCCAAGUGAGCAUAAAGCCCUCAACUAUUAGAACUGAUGCUUCUUUAAAGUCAAUAAUGGCCUCAGAGUUAGGGUGGGGACAGAGAAGAGAAUCAGCUGAGGAACAGUGGGAGAGGGAAAAUUACAAGCCUGUAAUUUGAUUUUAGUAAUUUGCAUAACUUCUUAUUGUGGGUAACUUUUUUUUGUACCCAAAUCUAUUGAAAGAUUUAGCAGACACUCUAUAUUACAUCAUAGUCCUGAAGUCUAGGGUACAUAUACAUAAUAAAACACAAGUAUUCUGAAACAUUUAGAAUUACCCUGACCACUCUCUCAUAAUUUUGUCUGUAAGACGACUUUGUAAAAAAACCCUGAAAAUUAUUAAAAUAAAGUGUAGGAAGCUCUGCAGUGUUUUGUAGGUCUGAAAUAUUCGUUAAGAGAAAAAUGUCUAUUAAACCUGACAACCUAUUUUUCUUGGGUACCGGAGGCAAGACAAUUUUACCUUUAAGUUCUUUCUCUUUCUUUCCCUUUCCUUUUCUUUUUCUCUUCCCUCCUUCCCUCCCUCCCUUUCUUCCUUCCUGGCACAUGGAGCUUAAGAAAUACUAGUAGUAGGUAACAAUUCAGCAUUGGGAGAGUGCACCGGGGUGCAUAUGUACCAUAUGGAGGAAAGUAUCCAAGAUAA